AUGAAGGACUUGCGAAAAUGUAUAUUUCUUUUUCUUUUUUGCCUUCUUUUCGAUGGGUCCCAUCAAGAUUGCGCAUGGAAUGUAAGUUAUUAGAUACAGGUAUAAAAGUUGAUAUUUUCUGAAUGUUAGACGUGUCAUGAAGCGGACCCAGACUCUGAUGUCAUAACCGCUCAUCUAAUUCCGCAUACUCACGACGACCUCGGUUGGAUCAAAACUGUGGAUCAGUAUUAUUAUGGAGGUGAUGGAGGUGUUUUCAGUCAACACUUUCUGAUUUUACUCUAUCUAGCUGGAGGUGUUCUCUAUAACUUCGUAAUUGCAGCUAAACCUGCAUUAGUUCCCGUCGGCGUUCAGUAUAUCUAUAACACGGUUAUCGAUGAAUUACUCAAAAACCCUGACAGAAGGUAACAUUCUCAGAGGGACGAGGAGAAGCAAAACAAAACAUUUUCAGAUUUUCGUUUGCGGAGACCGGAUUUUUAUGGAGAUGGUUCACGAGUAACAGUGACUACGAUAGACAUCAAUUGCAGAAACUUGUGAAAAACGGACAAAUCGAAAUAAUUGGAGGAGGUUGGGUGCAAAAUGAUGAGGCCACUUCGCAUUAUGUCGAUAUCAUCGAUCAGAUGACUCUGGGACUACAAGUCAGUUUUGUAUCGUUGUAAAAACUGAAAUAAGCUAUUCAGAAACUGGAGCAAAUAUUCGGAGAAUGUGGAAAACCAGUGUCGGGAUGGCAAAUCGACCCAUUCGGACACUCUCGUGAAAUGGCUAAUAUUUAUGCACAGGUAUUCAAUUUCGUCUCUUUCUCAUCACUUUUUUUUAUCCUUUUCAGAUGGGUUACACGUCUCUUUACUUUGCUCGUGUACACUAUUUGGAAAAGAAGCUAAGACUGGAGAACAGAACAAUUGAGUUCAACUGGAAUGCGUCCGACGAUUUGGGUAAAACAAGGUAGAAAAUUGAACAGAGUUGCGAAAAUAAGUGUUGCAGCUAGCAAAAUUUUUACUGGUGCAUUCUUCCAAGAUAACUAUGGACCACCGGAAGGCUUCUGUUGGGACAUUCUCUGCGGUGAUGAUCCGAUCAUGGAUAACCAAAACUUGGAAGAGUACAAUGUGGACGAGAAAGUGAAUUCAUUCGUGGAUCAUGUCAGGAAACAGGUGAAAAUCGUUGAAAUGCGAGAGAAUCUCACACUAUUUUUGAUAGGCUAAGCAUCAAGUGACUAACCAAGUUAUGCUUCUGAUGGGUAGCGAUUUCCAAUACACCAGUGCAAAUUCAUGGUAUUCCAACCUCGACAAACUGAUCAAAUACGUUAACGAAGACGUGAGGCCACCUCCACAACUUUUGAAAACCAUACUUUCCGUUUCAGCCUUCUAAAAAAGUAAAAGUGAUCUACUCAAGUCCAGCCUGCUACACAAAAGCCGUUCAAGCUCGUUCUCCCAAACUGUCUAGCAAACACGAUGAUUUCUUUCCGUAUGCAUCAGGGAAGAACUCCUACUGGACAGGAUACUUCACGAGUCGGCCGGCUUUCAAGGGAAUGAUCCGCCAGGCGAGUUCGGCCCUCCAGCUUGCGAAACAACUGGACGUCAUCGCCGAUCUGGGUCCGGAAGACGACUCGGACAUUGAAAUUCUCCGUGAGGCUUCCGCUCUAGUGCAACAUCAUGAUGCCGUGACGUGAGUGCGUGGUCUUUUUGAGUGAAAAAUCGGUGUUGCAGCGGUACGGCGAAGGAGAAUGUGACCAGAGAUUAUGAGAAACAACUUGCGCGAGGAAUGAAUGAAGUUGAGGUGAACGUAUUUAUCGCAUAAUUUGAGGGAACAAAGCAUGUAAAAAGUUCAGGUUGUUCUCAACGAUUUCAUGAAAAAAUUGAAUCCAGAUGGUUUGGACCCAAAAUUAAUCGUCUGCCCACUUCUCAAUGAGACUAUUUGUAAACCGAUCAAGUUUAUUAAAGAGCAAUUCGGAAUAUCUAAUAUUUUCAUAUUUUCAGCGGGCUCACUGGUUUCACAGUUGCCAUUUUUAAUUCUAACGGAAAAUACUAUAAUGGUACUAUUCGCAUACCUUAUUCUGAGAAACAGGCAACAGUCCGAGAUGCACAGAAAAGCAGAAUUGAGCAUCAGGUGAACAACAAAACGUACAUAUGAAAGAGAUAUUUGACAAAAUUUUCAGGUUGUUCCCACCUUCAAUGUUGAUCAACUCAAAGAUUCGGAUCGUUCUCCAUAUGAACUGCAUGUCGUCGUCAGUGUUCCACCACUCGGUUACACAACGAUUUCUGUUGAAAAGGAAGAAGUAGUUUAUGAGAAAACUGCUCAGAAAAAGAAAAACUUGAAUACGAAAAUCGAAAUUCAGAAUGAGGUAUUGUAUUUAUUUGUGACUUGCUAGUAUAAGCUAUUGAUUCAGCACUUGAUUGUUGGCUUUGAUUCACAAGGAUAUCUUUCUUACAUAACUGACAAAAACACGUUCAAAACCAGAAGCAUUCGUCAAGAGUUCUUCUAUUACGAAGGUGUUGAUUCAAAGGAAGAUCAACCUUCUGGUGCUUACAUCUUCCGUCCGAAAUCUCAACAACCAUUGUCUCUGGGCACUAAGCUUAAUUUGGAAGUGAUAUCGGUAAAGUGGAACUGGAACUAAACUUGUGAACUUUUGAUGACAUUUUAAGGGCAGUGUGACCAAUGAAGUUCGUCAGCGUGUAAAUCCGUGGGUUUCUCAGCAUAUUCGUUUGCCAAAAGGAAAAUCUCAUCUUGAACUGGAAUGGAUUGUUGGUCCCAUUCCGAAAGAGGCUAAGUUUGUCAGAAGCAGUUGCCGAGAACAGAAAUGGUUUGUAGGAACCCGAUCACAAAAGAAAUCGUGACCAGAUACACAACAGAAGUAAAAUCUUUCAAUCAAUCUUUCACCGAUGCUAAUGGCCGUCAGGUUAUCGAACGAUUGUAAGACAUCUCGUUUAUUUUGAGUCUUCCAUGGUUUCAUUUUAAGUUUCGACGGGGCAACAUCGUUUGAAUACUCAGACACUGAGCCGGUUGCUGGAAACUAUUAUCCACUCACCAGUUUUGGAUAUAUCAGGGACAACACUGAUCAAUUCAGUGUCAUAACCGACCGAGCACAAGGAUGGUCGGCUUCGCAAGGAACUGUGGAAAUCAUGGUAGCGGAGUACUCUGGGAAGCCUUAAUAAAAAACAAUCUUCCAGUUGCAUCGGCGUUGUUUUUAUGACGAUCACUUUGGCGUCGAAGAAGCUCUCGAUGAGCCGGGAAAACAGGGAACUGGACUAGUUGCGAUGGGAAAACACAUUCUGCUGUUCACUGAUGUUAAGGUACAUUUUCAUUUAUUUAAAUUCAUGACGAUCAUCUGUAAAUUAUAGACCAGUGCGGCUGAAUUGCGUCCUCUUGCUAUCAGCAACUUCCAUCAGCCCAUCCUAGCCUUCUCAAUUUCCAAAAAACAAGAAAAGUUUGAGUUCAACCGGCAAUUAGAGUAUUCCGGAUUGACGAGAGAGCUUCCUGAAUUUCUCCAUUUGCUAACUCUCGAGAAAUGGAAGAAAAAGAACAGUCUGAUUCGUUUUGAGCAUGUCUAUCACAAUGAUGGUGAAGAAUCGUCGGAAUAUGCGAAACCUCAGACAUUUAAUGCAAAGGUAGGUACAUUCAGAAAUAUUGAUUUUAGACGUGAAGUGUUUUUUUUUCAGAAUCUGUUCACGAGCCUGGAUAUCCUAUCUUUCAAGCAACUUCUCCUUGGAGCUAACAAAGUGAAAGGGAGUACAAGUACGUCUCCACUCUAUUUUUUGUUAGUUAAUUCAAUUUUCCAUUUUCUCAGAAUCGCACGUAGCGAAGACCGGAGAGUUCACGAUUCGUCCGUCGGAGAUAUUGACUUUCGAGGUUGAAGUUCAGCACAAGUAA